ACGUGGGAGGAGAAUAACCUGUUUGCAGACUCCGAUGAAGCCACUCUGUUCCUGGGUGUCCUCGACACCAUCUUCCUGUUUUCCUACGCCGUGGGCCUAUAUAUGAGUGGAGUGAUCGGAGACCGCAUGAACCUCCGAUAUGUCCUCUCCUUUGGUCUGUGUGGUUCAGCCAUAGUGGAGUUUGUGUUUGGUACCCUGACUGAGUGGCUGCAGUUCUAUAACAUCUACCUGUACUGUGGCCUGUGGGUUCUGAAUGGCCUACUGCAGUCUGCUGUCUGGCCCUGUGUGGUGGCAGUCAUGGGGAACUGGUUUGGCAAGUCAGGGCGAGGUUUUGUGUUUGGCCUGUGGAGUGCCUGUGCCUCUGUUGGGAACAUUCUGGGAGCUUUCCUGGCGUCCAGUGUUCUCAAGUAUGGAUAUGAGUAUGCCUUCCUGGUUACUUCAGUGCUGCAGUUUGCUGGUGGGGUGGUGGUGUUCUUUGGUCUGCUCACCUCCCCUAAAGAAGUGGGUCUGUGUUUGGAGUCAGAAACACGUCUGAGUCCGGUGGAGAGAGAAACAGACAGCCACAGACCUCUGAUGAGUGAUGAAGAGGAGGAGGAGGAAGAUGAGGAGGAGGAGGGAUCGGAGGAGGUGUGUGACGGAGGGUACUACACCAUCCAGCAGGGGGAAGGGGAGCCGGGGGAAACGCCCAAAGCCAUCGGAUUCUGCCAGGCCUUCUGCCUGCCUGGGGUGCUGCCUUAUUCCCUGGCGUACGCGUGUCUGAAGCUGGUCAACUACUCCUUCUUUUUCUGGUUGCCCUUCUACCUGAGCAGGAACUUUGGCUGGAAGGAGGCCCAGGCCGACAGGCUCUCUGUGUGGUACGACGUGGGGGGCAUCAUAGGUGGUACGAUCCAGGGCCUGAUCUCAGACUGCAUGGGGAAGAGAGCUCCAGUGUUAGCCGUCAGUCUGCUGCUGGCUAUGGGAGCCCUGGUGGGGUACAGCCACUCCCCUCCGGACCAGGUGGUGAAUGCAGCUCUCCUGGCCACCACAGGUUUCUUUAUAGGAGGACCGUCCAACAUGAUCAGCUCAGCCAUCUCUGCAGACCUGGGGCGACAGGAGGCCCUCAGGGGCAGUCAGGAGGCUCUGGCUACCGUCACAGGCAUAGUGGACGGGACUGGGAGUAUUGGGGCUGCAGUGGGACAGUACUUGGUAUCUCUGAUUGAGAGCAAACUGGGCUGGAUGUGUGUGUUCUACUUCUUCAUAGUCAUGACAGGGGGCAGCAUAGUUUUCAUCUUGCCGCUGAUCCUGACUGAGAUUCGGGCCAUGUGGAGGGACAGACAGGCACGGAUACACCAGCUGUGAAGCCUUCCUCACGGGACCAUGUUGUUUCCUACUCCUUCCCUAUGGAGCCUACUGCCUGUCAGUCAAUCAGACUAUGUCCACUGAUCACUACUGUAGAUGUAUGUGCAAUAUGUCUAUGAAUGUGUAUGUCCAAUCUAUGUAUAUAUUUGGUCUGAAACUUGUUUUUUAGAGAGAUCACUUCAGCAACUUUUACGAGUGGGGGCAGGGCCCUCUCAAUGUUUGUGGUCUGAGAUAGGAAGUUCCAAGCAGCUGUCAAUCAUUCCAAUUCCUUUACCUGUUUACUGGAGUGUGUAAUGAUUACUCGUAUAGAAUGAUUGGAACUGAUCAUUUGCUCUUAGAAGAGAUCAGAUUUCAAAGACAAAACAAAACACACACUCUCAAUGAUACAAGUCCAUCACUCACUCUUAGGAUCUCACAGUCACACGUCCGCUUGGUGGAUUUUCAGUCAUUACCCAUAGCACAUACUGUAGUCAGUGACCACGUUUACAUGCGCACAGUAUUCUGGAUAGUAGCUCAUAUCCUGCAUAAGGUCUUAUUCGGAAACAUGAUUUCUUUCUUUCAGCAUCUCUUCAGAAAAUGCGAGUGUGUGAUCUUUGACACUGUUAUGCAAGCAGACAGUAUUUCAACUACACAAAAUAUGCACCCAAGCCAAACUUAAGUCUUAUCAUUAACAUAUUUCUCAGCUUUUAAUUUCCUUAAAACCGGUCAAACUGAUGACAUUUGGACAUUUUGCACAGGACCAAUCUUUCCACUGUUUUUGGAAUCUUUCCACUGUUCUCCCCGAUCCCUAAACGAAAUACAAUUUUACCAGUGUUAACUAGAUUACUAAUGCAUUCAUUCUAUCGAUGUAAGACAUUAUUCUGGUUAGCACUAGUUUAUUUAGUCUUCUGGGGCAACAAGUUAUGACAGAAGAGAACCUCAUGUAUCUAACUAUAGUUGACAAACAAAUGGCCUACCAAAUGUCUGAAAUUCUAAGCAGAAAGUUGUCUAAAUUAGGGGUGAAAUUUGCCAGUAGGCUAUACAGUCCAGUACGGAGUAUCAACCAAAUAAAUUAUUAUGGGAUUAUGGUGGAUCGAACUGCGCACGUCGCCUACUUUUUGAUGUGAUUUGUUUGAUCACACAACACCCAUGAUAUCCGAAACUGAGCCUGCCCAGACUGCGAAAAACAACAGUAAACGUGAUAAAAUGUUUACAUGCCGCUGUAUCCCGUCUAAGAUCAGCAUAUCCCAGGCAUUUUAUCCGGGUUUCUCAUAACCGGGAUACAAACCUUUUCGGGUUAUUGUAAACGGGAUAUGAUGUUUAUGUGUGUCAACUCAAAAACCGAAUUCUUGAAUACCCCGAUUAAUAACGGAAUGUUGGUGUGCAUGUAAACAUGGUCAGUGUAAACCGUACUUUUGCAGAUAAAGUUUUUAAGCAGCUUUUUUAAGUGUUAACGGUCAGUGAACAUUAACUGCACGCCUCUGAAAUAGUUUCCUCAAGGGAUUUAUUGAUUUAAAGAACAGUAAGAUUACAUCAAUGUAAAAAAAAUAUAUUGUCACAUCCUGUCUUAUCAAAAUGAGUUAAAGGGGUAUACUGAUUUUAUUUACUGUAGGUACAUAAAUAUAAACGGUACAAAUAGUUAUCCUGGUUGGACUGGGAUCAGUUGCUAAAUUACUGUAGUGGUUUUAACCAAGGCCACAAGUGCAUUUCAGCUGGUCCAGGACUGGCUAAACUUGAUUAAAUGGAAUGUGUAUUUAAUUUUAUCGUUGUCGAAUGUAUGUUCUUAAUCUGUGGUAAAUGUUUGUUUGUUUUCCAUAUGUGCACUUUAAAUUAAUGUUUUAAUGAGCCUAUGAUGUUUUAUUUGUUUCAAGAAAAGCAAAUAGAUUUUUUCAAAACUGUU